AUGCUCAUGCGGCCCCGCCUCAACUUCAAUGUCAGGCCGUCAUCGAUGAUCUAUCCUUCUCGGCACGUGGCGCGAACUUGGGCAAGCACAACAACCGCAGCGACUAGCCCAGGAGUAGAUCCUGAUGAUGAAGCUGACACAGAUGGGAAGAGGGACGCGCGGAGUGAAGGUCACAUCAAGGUUGGCACAAACGAGUCCGUUCUCUUCUUUGACAACCUCUUCCCUGUCAGCCUCAGUAACGUACUAGGCCGCGUGUAUUCGUCGGACAAGGACCUGGUGACUCUGCUGAAACUUUUCAAGACGUCGUCGCUGGGAAUCAUGGAUCCAAUACGACUUGUGAAAGCAGCUAUUCCUCCAGACCUGCUCUCCACUGUCACCGAGAUCCACCCACGUUUAAAGGACGGAGGUGCUUUUGUCAAGUUUCGACAUGAUGCCUCAGUUGACCCGCUUACUAUCGAAGAAACCCUGAUUCGCAACUUGAAUGAUGCGCCUCUGCACCCCUGGUUCAACCCCUUACGGGGAAUCAAAGCUCGUCUUGUCUGUGGAACACCGUGGCUCGAGGACCUCCGGAGAUACCCAUCCAACUUGAUCAAGGUUGAGUUCACAGCGGCUACCCCGGACAGCACGCCCCAGGAACUGUCUGAGGAGACGAUCUACAGUUUGCUCCGUAAGUACGGUAAGAUCUCCGACAUCGCCCCCCAGGCGCAAGAUGACAAAGCCUUGCCGCGCUACGCCACCGUGGCCUUCGUCAACAUCCGCGACGCUAUCAUGGCUCGCAACUGUAUGCACGGAAUCAUCGUCGGCGCUGCGAUGGGCGGCGGAGCCCACGGCACGAGGUUGCGCUUCUCGCAUAGGGCGCGCAUCCGUCCGCACAACAUCUGGAACUGGGUCACGACGCACCCACGCAUCGUAAUUCCCAUAGUCGCCGCUCUACUCGCCGGUGUCUCGGUCAUAAUCUUCGACCCUAUCCGCCAGUUUUUCAUCAAGAUGCAUAUCCAGCACUCGUGGAGCAUCAGCGAGUCGCGCCUGUACAAGUGGUUCAAGUCUCAGAAGGACAGUCUCAUCCCAGGGAGCCACGGCACGCAGCACGAUGACCUGAGUGCCGUGUGGAAUCAUCGUCGCGACCUGAUUGAACAACUGCGCAGCUGGCUGGAUGGCAGCUCCGACACCUUCAUCGUCGUGACGGGCCCCAAGGGUUCCGGAAAGAAGGACAUGGUCUUGAAGCAGACCCUGGAUGGGCGCAAGAAUGUUCUCGAGAUUGACUGCCGCCCCAUAUCUGAGGCCCGGGGCGAGGCUGGUGUUAUACGCCGGCUCGCCGCUGCGGUCGGCUACCGGCCCGUCUUCUCCUGGGCUAACAACAUCAGCAGCAUGGUGGACCUAGCCAUCCAAGGCACAACCGGCGUGAAAGCGGGCUUUUCGGAAACGCUCGAGUCGCAGUUCAACAAGAUCUUCUAUACCACCUCCUCGGCUCUUAAGGAGGUGGCUCUAUCGGCCCGCACCAAGAGAGACAAGGACGCCGACCUGACUGACGACGCGUACCUAGAGUCGCACCCGGAGCGCCGCCCAGUCAUUGUCAUUGACAAUUUCAUGCACAAGGCCGAGGACAAGGGCUUGGCAUACGACAAGCUCGCCGAGUGGGCCGCCACCGUGGUCCAAAACAACAUCGCCCACGUCAUCUUCCUGACCAGCGACACGAGCUACACCAAGCCACUGGCCAAGGCACUCCCAGACAGGGUCCUCCGCACGCUCUCCCUGGGCGAUCUGGAUCUCGACGUGGCACGCAACUUUGUCCUCAGCCGCGUUCGCGAGGACACACGCACCGAGGAGGAGAAGGAGAGCGAGCAGGAUGCCGCCGAGGCUGCUGGCAAGCCCCUUGUCCACAAAGAGCUCGACUUGACGGGACUGGAUGAGAGCAUUCGUACCAUGGGAGGCCGCUUGACGGACCUCGAGUUCCUCAGCCGCCGCAUCAAGUCUGGCCAGACGCCCAAGCAAGCCGUCGACGAGAUUGUCAGCGAGAACGCCACCGACAUCGUCAAGAUGUUCCUUCUGGGCAAGUCGGUCGGCAGCUUCACCGACCCCUCGUCGCGCUCCUGGUCCACCCAGCAGGCAUGGCACCUGGUUAGGGAGCUAGCCCGCGAGCCCACCCUCCGGUACAACCAGGUCGUCCUCUCCGCACCGUUCGCCUCGUCGACAACCCCCUCCGCCAAGGACGGCGAGGCCGCACUGGAAGGCCUGGCGGGAGCAGACCUCAUCAUGAUCAAGCUACACCGCGGCCGUCCACAGUCCAUAACGGCCGGCAAACCGCUCAACCAGGCUGCCUUCUCCGUCCUUCUCGAUGACCCAGUCCUCUCGGCAAGGAUGGACCUCGCCGUUCUGAAGGAGGAUAUGUCCGCGAAGAAUAAGGAAAUUGAAGGACUGGAGUCAGAGCUCGCGCUGCUCGGCGGGCUGCCCAGGCAGACGAAUGAGAUAGCCAACAGGGCGAGAUAUCUGCUCGAGAAGAUGGAUGAUAGCCAGCAGAAAAUUAUUGCUCUGGAGAAGAAGAUGGGUGAGCUCAAGGCUAUAUUGAGCAAGGAAUUUUGA